GGGAGAGCCGGCGCGGUUCAGAGCCUCGGAGGAUGCCGGGGGGUCGGCAGGCAGGAGAGGGGACGCCGCGGAGGCGUCAGAGUGUGUCACCACCUUUGCCCACCAGCCUCUGGAAUAUGAAAUUGCCCCUGGCUGCAGUAUAGGUCUUAGCUGGCUGAAGCGGCCCAGGCGUCCUGCCCCCUUCCCCGUGCUGGGAACAGCAAGACAUUUGGGAACCGGCACCUUUUUGGCAGCCAGCCGCAGCAAGAACAUAAUUCUCCGGAGUCAUAUUUAUCCGUAAUCUUUCCAGCAGCGGCCCCCCGAUCCAAAUUUUGAUACUGCUUUAUGGCGUGAUCUUUCUCCCUCCCCUAAAACUCAAGCCUGACUGCCGUGGGAGCCCCCGUCAAGCGGCAAAACAAUAUUAGUGGAGAAAUCGGAUCCGAUAAUUGUAGUUGGGCGACUUGGGGCCGCGCAGAAGCCGAGCUCCGGCAGCCGCAUCCCUCGUCCUGCCACGCGGGGACGGAGUUUAGCAGACGGUGAAGCUGAGAGCGACCCAGGGCGAAGCAUCCGUAAUGUUUUCUGCUCCGCUCCCUCUGCGGAUAAACCCCCGCGGAGGAAUUCAGGUUUAAGUCUAGACGUGGCUUAGUGCGCAGGUUUUAGCCCUCUGGGGUUCGACCCUCCCCGGGCGCCGGCCCUUUCGCUGGAGUUUGUCUUUAUUUGAGGCUUCUCCGGUUUGUUUUUGAACCUCCGCUCCCUCGCCCAUCUGCCCCGACCCCCUCUCUGGUUUCCUUGCCAGGAGUUUGUUUAAGCUUUUUCCCAUCUGUGUCUCAUUGUAAAAGCAAGAGGAGCUGGUCAAAACCGAAAUGAUUUCUCCUUAUAAAGCCCGUAGCUGGCUUAGGACGCUUUCCUGCCUUUACAAGACCGAACGGUGACUCCCCAGGAAAGAGAAGAGGUUCGCGGACGUGCCUUGUUCGACAGCGGCACGAUCGGACUCGAGUCUGCCGCGGAGCCGGCCGCUGCCCGAGCCUCAGCACAUGGUUAUGAGCUUUAGGGUAUCAGAAUUACAAGUUCUCUUGGGCUUUGCUGGAAGGAACAAAAGUGGGAGGAAGCACGAACUUCUCGCGAAGGCGUUACAGCUGCUGAAAUCUGGCUGCAGCCCGGCUGUCCAGAUGAAAAUUAAAGAGCUGUACCGGCGGAGGUUCCCGAGGAAGAUCUUAACCCCUUCGGACUUGUCGAUGCUCCACGUUCAGGCGGGGCCGCUGCCCUCGGCCGCCGCGCUGACGCCGGGCACGGCGUGUCACCUGCCCUACGACCGCGGCUCCGGCGCCGUGCCGGUGGCCCUGCCGCCUCCGGCGCCCAAGCACGAGGCGGACGUUCAGCGCUUAUCGUCGCCCGUCCACCCCGUCCACCCGGACGUCAAGAUGAAGAGGCUGCCCUUCUACGACGUCUACGAUGAGCUGAUAAAACCCACCACGUUAGCCUCAACGAACAGCCAGAGGUUUGAAGAAGCUCACUUCACCUUUGCUCUAACCCCGCAGCAAGUUCAGCAGAUCCUCACCUCCCGAGAUAUCCUACCGGGCGCCAAAUGCGAUUACACCGUACAGGUGCAAUUAAGGUUUUGCUUGUGUGAAACCAGCUGUCCCCAAGAAGAUUACUUCCCUCCUAAUUUAUUUGUCAAGGUCAAUGGAAAACUCUGUCCCCUGCCUGGUUAUCUCCCGCCCACAAAGAACGGCGCAGAGCCCAAACGACCCAGCCGCCCCGUCAACAUCACUCCGUUGGCGCGACUUUCGGCAACUGUCCCGAACACGAUCGUGGUGAACUGGUCCUCGGAGUUCGGCAGGAACUACUCGCUGUCGGUGUACCUGGUGAAGCAGCUGACCUCGGUGACGCUGCUACAGAAGCUGAGAGCCAAGGGCAUCCGAAAUCCAGACCACUCGCGAGCCCUGAUCAAAGAAAAACUGACAGCUGAUCCCGACAGCGAGAUAGCGACGACGAGCUUACGAGUUUCCCUGAUGUGUCCACUGGGUAAGAUGAGGCUGAUCGUGCCCUGCCGAGCCACCACGUGCACCCACCUCCAGUGCUUCGACGCAGCGCUGUAUCUGCAGAUGAACGAGAAGAAACCCACGUGGACUUGUCCUGUGUGCGACAAGAAAGCCCCGUACGACAACCUGAUAAUCGACGGGUUGUUCAUGGAAAUCCUGAACUCCUGCACGGACUGCGACGAGAUACAGUUCAUGGAGGACGGCUCCUGGUGCCCCAUGAAGCCGAAGAAGGAGAAGCAGGAGGUGUGCCAGGCGGCGGCCUUCGCUGGCAUCGAGGCCAGCGCCCUUCACGCCGUGAGCUCCGAGGGCAAGAACUCUCCGGAGGGCAAGAAAAAGGUGGAGGUCAUCGAUCUCACUCUGGACAGCUCGUCGGACGAGGAGGAGCCGCCGCCUGCCAAGAAGCAAUGCCCGGUCUCCGGCACGGCUCUUCCGACGGCGCCGGGGCCCAAGGGGGUAUUGAGUAUUGAUCACCAGCCGCCUUCCGUGCUUCGGAGUCCUCCCGUGGCAGCUCUCGGCAGCGACUACCUCUCCAACCUCCCCCUUCCCGACUACCACCCUGCCUACCAGCUGCCCUCGGAGCUUCAAGGUCUGGAUUUGUUUUCCUUCCUUCAAAGUGAAAAUCAGGCGGAUUCAGAACUGCCAGGGGCUCAGAGGUGGAAGUACUUUCCUUCUCUGAGGCUGAAUCCACGCAGGCGGAGAGCGAUGCACUACAGCCCUUCCGUGAUCACCUCCCUGGACGAGCAGGAUCCGCUCGGCCACUUCCUCCAGUACAGAGGCGCGUCGAGCCACUUCGUGAACGUGAACCCCCUGGCCCCGGCGCUGGCAGGAUCCCACGGCGCCGGCGGCCGCAUCAGCAGCAUCGUCUCCACCGGCGCGCUGCGGGAGGGCCAGGGACGCGGCGGGGCGAUAAGUAGCGGCGCGGCGCUGCCGGGCUGCAGGCCGGACGUCAUCUCCCUGGACUGAGGCCGCGGGGACGGGCGCCGAGGGCGCGUUUCCAGCCGCCCGUCCCGUCCCUCCACGACGGUGCUGGCGUGGGUGUAAUUACGAUGUAUUUUUUUAAAAGAAAAAAAGGAGAUUUUCCUCCUUUGAAAUACUCCCAGCGCGGACCUGUACAGGGAACAAACAGAUGAUCUAUAUUUUUCAGUCGCAGCUUUUGUACAUAUAAAACUCCAAAGACUCCCCCGUUCCUCCGCCUACGCGAGGACUAACCGAAGGUUGCGUCGGCUCCGGGGGACGACGCGUCACCCGUUGCACAGAUUAUUUAUCUAUUUAAACGUGUACUUUAGUUUGUAACCUCUGCGGCGACGCACCCGCUGCUUCGCGAGCGUCCCGACAACGGGCUCGUCCCGCAGCCGGCGGCGGGGCUGCAGCGCGCCCGGGCCUCGCGCAUAGCAAUUAUUUUUAGCACCUUUUAUUUGAACUGUUCCUUCCCCGAACUCGGAGGCGGCGGCGCUGCCGGUGGCCAGGGACGGGGGGGAGCGGCGCACACUGUCCCGCUUGGGCCGUUUCCUAUUUCUUGUAUCGUAACCGCGGUAAAUAUUUCAAGGCAAUAAAGGUGGGAGUCCCAGAG